AUGGUUGCAACGCAAGAGCUAUCAUAUACAAAGACCUCUAAUGCAAUGCCUCCGGAAUGGGCACCUUUAAACGAUGUAUAUGGGAAGGUCGUCUCGCCAUACAUGACUCGCACUGCACUGUCGUCUGACAAUGUCUUAUCCACGCAACAACUACUACCAAUACAGAAGAUGCUAUCUGCUUGUACCGGAGCGAUUGUGACAUCAGUAUUUACUACUCCGUUGGAUGUAGUCAAGAUACGCUUACAGUCACAGAACCUUUUUCAAUCACUAUCGAUAACAAAGGGCCAAUAUUGUCGUCCGUGUGUUCCUGCCGAGUGUCAAGAAGUAUUGCUUUUACGUCGGAAAUUCUUAUUCACUCCUGCAGUUGGUGAGACCAUAAGCUGUGCUCAUAUCCCCCAUCUAGCAGCUAGUCUACGACUCAACGGAACUUUGGACGGAUUAGUUAAAAUUAUAAAAUAUGAAGGCAUCACAUCAUUAUGGAGAGGACUAUUACCAGCACUUGUAAUGUCCGUUCCCGCAACUGUAAUAUACUUUAUUGGAUAUGAUCAUCUAAGAGACACAAUAUGGAAAAAGUGCAACAACAAAUCAUUAGAAGUUUAUGUUCCGUUAGCAGCCGGAACAAUAGCAAGAACCGCUGCAGCUACCGUAAUAUCCCCAAUAGAACUGCUAAGAACUCGGAUGCAGAGCGCAGAAGGAACUAAUGGUAUUGUCGGCGUAUUAAAUGGUAUCAAUAAGAUGGUACGAUCAGAUGGCUUGUCGUCUUUAUGGCGUGGGCUCGGUCCUACACUAUGGAGAGAUGUACCAUUCUCAGCUAUAUAUUGGACUGGGUACGAAUCAAUAAAGAAGAAUCUCAUGAAGAGGCACGAUAAUAGAUUGUUGAUACAUAAUCUUGGCGAUAUUGAGAUUUCAUUCAUCAGCGGUGCUAUAUCAGGAAUGAUUGCGGCUACGCUUACUACUCCGUUUGAUGUAGCAAAGACAAGACGACAAGUUGCAUAUAACUCUGGACGAAGUAAGGAUAUGAUUAGUAUAAUAAGAGAAGUAGUCAGAGAAGAAGGUCACAUGGGAUUGAUGAGAGGAUGGGGACUGAGAGUGAGCAAAGCCGUUCCAGCAUGCGCUAUUAUGAUAUCCAGUUAUGAAGCAGGAAAAGCCUUCUUCAUCGAAAGGAAUGCGAAGGCAAAUGACUAA